UAAACCGUGAAGCAAUGUUGACACAUUUAAAAGGCAGAGCAAUUUCAUUGUAUUAGGAAGUAAUAUCCCGAAACCUUUAUAUAGUUAGAAUAUAUAUACAGGCCUAUUCUGUUUAUCAAGUUCAGAUAUCUCAAUAGGGAAGAAGACUACCAUUUUAUCAUACGUUUGCGACGAUGUCAACUAGUAUAAGAAAACCGACUGUUGUGGUGGCUAUAGAUUUUGGUACAACGUACUCCGGUUAUGCCUUUUCUCUAAGCUCCGAAUUUUUAAGCAACAAAAAUGACCAUUUGAAUAAGAUAGUAAUAGAUAACUGGAACUCUGGGGACCUUCUGUCCGAGAAAACACCAACAACACUCUUACUCGAUAAAUCUAAGAACUUGGUGAGUUUUGGCUAUGAGGCAGAAAAUGACUACGGUCGAAUGACAGAAGAAGAAAGAAAUGAACAUUAUUAUUUUCGCCGGUUCAAGAUGAUGUUGUACGACAAGGAUGGAAAAUUGAAGCUGACGAGAGAUACCGUUUUAAAAGACAUAAAAGAUAAGGAAAUGCCAGCCAUCGAUGUCUUCGCUCGUUCCAUUGAAUAUUUAAAGGAUAAAUUCGUAAAGACAUUUAAAGAUAGAAAUCUGCAAGUUACUUUUUUGCCUUUGGAAAAAUAUGUGACUUGGGUGUUGACAGUGCCAGCCAUCUGGGACGAGCCUGCAAAACAGUUCAUGCAAGAAGCCGCUGAACGAGCAGGCAUUUCAAAGGAGUCUCUCCUCAUCUGCUUAGAACCAGAGGCUGCUGCCAUUUACUGUAAAUGGAUUCAGAUCGAAAGGGACGAUGAUGCAUUAAAUGUCAUGAAGCCAGGCCGCAGGUUUCUUGUGCUAGACGCUGGAGGUGGCACAAUCGACAUGGCAAUGCAAGAAGUGAGAGAAGAUGGGAAGCUACAGGAGAUAAACAGGGCAGAAGGAGGAGAUUGGGGAGGAAUCUUUGUUGACGACGAGUUUAAACAAAUGCUGGAAGGUAUUGUGUCCAAACCCAUUAUUGAAGCAUUCCGUAUGAAAUUUACUGGAGAUUACAUCGAAUUGUUUCGGUACUUUGAGAAAAAGAAAAGAGAAAAGCAGACAGGAAAAGUCGUUCGUAUCCUAAUCCCACCGACUCUUUUGGACAUAGCAGAUGAUAUCACCAAGCGGACGGAAGAUCAAGGAUUGAAAGAUGAAGUAGAAUUGAAAAAAGAUAAACUUCAAAUAAAACUUGACAAAUUUAAGGAGUUUUUCAACAAAGUGGUUGAUAAAAUAGUAGUCAAGGUUGAAGAAAUGUUAGUUUCCGAAACAGCGAAAGGUACCAACGUCAUCAUCAUGGUAGGAGGUUUUUCAGAAAGUAAUUUUCUUCAAGAGAGGAUUAAAAACUCAUUCCCGAAACACACAGUGGUGAUUCCCCAAGGAUGCGGGUUAGCUGUACUAAAAGGCGCUGUUCUGUAUGGCCAUGACCCAGAUAUAAUUGCUGCCAGGGUGGUAAAAUAUACCUAUGGCGUGGGCACCAACACACGCUUUAUCAAGGACAAACACCCUGAAUCAAAGAAGAAGCUCAUUAAUGGGAUAGAAUACUGUACAGACAAGUUUGACAUCCACGUUAACAAAGGCACACUUGUUCAUUCCAACGAAGAGACGCUGGAAUCAUACUCCCCACUUUAUGAAGACCAAACCUCCGUAAAAUUUGGAGUGUUUGUGAGUGAUACGGAAUAUCCUCAAUAUACAGACGACGAGGGGUGUAGAGAAAUAGGAUCCCUCACUGUCCCAAUGCCAAACACAGCAGGGGGCACAAGAAGAAAAGUCAAAGCGAAAUUCAAGUUUGGAGCAACGAAGAUUACUGUGGAAGGCAUCGAUGAAAGCUCGGGAAAAUCAGUAGAUGUGAAAUUUGACUUUCUGGAGGAUUAAUCAUGAAAAGUUCUCCAAGUUAUGUAAAAGAAGUCAUUUUUAACAACUGUCUUUUACUUGAUAAAAAUGCAUAAUUAUAUUUAUGCAUACAUGUAUUUAUACUCUAGAUUUACGUAUUUUUUUAUCGAAAUACAAUGUAAACAAUAAAAUGAAGUGUAAUUAUAUAUUAAGUAGUUUCUUUCCCAUUAUUGUCACCUAGCUAACAGCAUAGCGCAGUGGGUCAGAGGGUUUACUAUGAAACUGUAAGUCAUGACUUCAAAUCCCGCUCUGCAUUUUACAAUUUUUACCUCUCCAAAUACUUUUAAAAGCUAUUUUUUGGUUAAGUACAUGUAUUGUAAAAUUUGAAAAUUCUAAAACGGUAAAAGUAUUUCAUUUAUAAUAUACUUUAAUCCACCACAUUAAUAUCAAUAUUAUCAAUUUUGUUCAGUCGAUUUCUUGAGUAACAGAAAUGCAUUAAUCAGCGUUUUAUUUAGAGCACUGUGUACAUUUUUAUGCAAACCAAACUAGGAUAGAUUGUGUGACGUCAAAGUAAUUAAUUUUUUUUUUUUAAUGCAUCGUGUCAGCCUCCAGUAAAUGCAAUUUCUCUAACUUCAAACGUGCAUUAAUAGUUUAUUACCAAAACAACAUAACCACUGUGGUAAUUUAAACCACUUUAUUAAUAUAGAUAAAAUAUGUUUUUGACUUUCCUUCCCCUUUAACGAUAAUUAUUUUUUGUAUAUGAAUCAUCUAACUAUAAGGAUGUGCAUUAUGUUACAUAAGUAUGUCUUUCUCGUGUGUUUUUGUUAUUUAUUCUACAUUUUAAUACAUUUUUAUCUUUUAACGGUAUCCGUUAUCUUUUCGCAAUCAUAUUUAAUUCGAAUCCAAAAUCAAACGAGAAAUAGUGUAUUACCUGACGCCAGGAAUUUGCAUCAUGAUUUCAACCAGAACAAAAAUUAUUUCGGCGCUUUUCACUAUAGUUGCGAGUUAAGUGCACUGUAAUUGCUUCGAUGCAAUAUUAUAAUUUAUAUAGUUUCGUUUGAUAUAUAUAUAGUUUAGGCUGACACUACGUUGUUCAUAUGUCUGUAAUUUUGAAUUGGAUUUUGCAUCAUGUGCAAUUGCUCAACCUUGUUCAUUUCAAAUCCAUUUUAGACACACCUUUUUUUUUUUUUUUUUAAAGAAAAACAAAUGUUUUGCGGGUGAUUUUUUAGACGUGCACCAACUUGUUUCUA